GAUAGUAUUUCAAUUAGAAAGUAAUAAGAGUACUUUGUCCUACUAUUCCCGGGUCUCCAGUUGUUGACCUUGUUUGCGGUGGUUGCGUCGCUAUGGCGGCAUAACGAAUCUUUAAGGUUACGAGAGAACAGGCGCAAAGCUUUAAAAACGGAAUGGUUGUCAGGAGGAUUUUCCAAUUAGGAGUGGUCGCGACGGUGUUGGUGAAUCUGCACAGUUCAGCCGAAGAGAAUUCGUCUGGUGACGCAAAGUGUCAGUUCGGCAAAACUCUGCGUAAACAAGUGAACGCAGAACCAUUGAAUGGGACAUGUUUGCGAGACAUCGUGGUUCGGCUGUCAAACGAGUUUCGCUCGAUCACGGACGUGGAACUCGGUUUGACAUCCUUUCAACAAAUGCUCGACGCAAUGGAAUUCACGAACACCUCCAGUAGCUUGAAUUGGAGGCUAAAUUUGUUAGGAGAUAAAUUGAACAACAAGCUGCUGUCCUAUGUAAAGCUUCUUAGACAGAGCAAUAAUAUUCUGCAGCCGAUUUUAGCUAAGAAUGAAGAUGAAUUUUCCUACCCUGGUUCUGUCGAAGGAUUAGAUAUAGUGUCGAGUAAGCUGUCUGACUUCUGCUUAGAGAUCACACAAGCACUCGCUAUUCGCUUGAGGAAUCAGGAAUUUAAGAACAUGCAUGUGUUGCCUUUCAUGUAUCCUACAACUGUAUGUGGCCCAUUCAGCUCUGAUCAUAACAUUGGACCUCUUCUAUUAUCUCAAUAUUGCCCAAAAAAGAAUGUACUUCUACUAUUUGAGCAUGGGAUGUUUAUGUCUGAAGGAGAUAUUACUCUGGCUCAAAUAACAGCAGAAAGAAUAAUUGACAUGCUGUCUCAAAUGGAUUAUAUUAAUGUUGUAGGGCUUUCUAGCAACAAUUCUUUAUUUUGUAAAGAUGGUUUGUUAAAGGCAACGGAUGUUAACAAAUUUCAGCUGGCGCGUUAUAUUCACAGUUUAUCAAGGACAGAAACAAAUGAGACAAUUGAAUUUGAUUUCGACAAAUUGUUGGAAAAUGUAAAAGGUGAAGUUGUCUUUAUUCAUCUGACCAAUACGCUUAAGACCACUUCACAUAUAACAAAAAUAAACAAUAUGAUAUCCGUGGGAAAGGUGAACGGUUAUCUCAGAACAAUUUUAAUUCUGUCCGACCAGGAACCUCAUUCAAACAUAAAGGAAUACGAUGAUAACAUAGUUGUUCUGCCAACACAAAAUAUUUUAGCAUAUGAAAUAUCCAGAUUAUUUUCCAAUUUGAAAUGUUCUGAUGAGCACAAGAGAGAUUAUUACUUAUCUGAUCCAUACUUUGAUUUAUAUAGUAAAACAAUGACAGUGUCUAUAGGACAAAUUACGGACAAAGCACUGAUAUCGUUAGAUAUUCAGUUGCGAAAUUUUAUUGACGAUAUAAUAUACUUCAACGCUGGUUCAGGUAUAUACCCCAUAUUAUUCGAUAAUAACGGUAUAGUUUGGGUUCACAAAGACUUUCCACGAAUGGAGACAAUAAUGGAACAACCCCUUAAAGUUAAAUUACAACAUAUAGAAAAUAUUAGCCCGGAGACUGUAACAAUGAUGAUUGAACAAUAUGAAGGUGUUCUAAAUGUAAAAACGAGACUGAGAGAACAGAAAUGGUACCGAUGGAAACAUUUGACGUAUAAGAAUUUGAUAAUAUGUAUAGUGUCGACAAGCAACGAAAGUACAGAAUUUGCGGCUAAACUGAUACCGAUGUUACCAACGAAUAUUUUGCAUCACCGUCUUGACCUCCUAAUACACAGUCUCUCUGACAAGGGCAUUCUGUGCACUAAUAAUAAUAAACUUGUAACUUUAUCAACAGGAGUGGUCUAUCUUUCUCCAUGGUGUUUUCAAUCCCCGAUGGAACAGCUUAAAUUAUUAGAUACAGGAUCUGCUGUAACUAUGCAAAGUUACAUGGCAUACAUAAAAGAUUUAAGGGGACUUCUAGCUAAUCCUGGUCUACGUCAGUCCGUUAAGCCGGAUGUAGCUGUCUUGACACAAACUUUGGAAUACUUUAAAGACAGACAUAUAGAAAGUCCUCUAAACAAGUUCAUAAUAAGAAGAUACAUCACUGGAACUAUGAGCGGAGUCUUAGAAGUUUAUCCAGGAAUUAUGCUCGACACCGGUUUCGAUCCUAAAAGACGAAUGUGGUAUGGGAACGCUUUGGAGCAUCCCAGAAAAUUAAUUUUCACCCCGCCAUAUUUAGGCGCCGGUGGAUCCGGUUACGUUGUUACUCUCAGUCAAACCGUUCACAUGAAUUCCAACUCAACUAGUCAUAAUGACGCUAUAGCCGUCUUAUCCAUGGACGUAACAAUGGGUUUUGUUUCACGACUUCUGAAAGAAAUGUUUCCUUUUUGUAACGAGUCGACGGUAAAGUGUUUCCUGAUGGAUGACAAAGGAUACUUGGUAUCUCAUCCGGCUUUAUUAGAACCACUUGGUAAAGUCGAGCAACAACAUUUGACUCACAAAGAGUUACUAGUUGCAAACGAUAUAUUGAAUCACGAACUAUUCGUGAAAAAGAAAGCUUGCACAAAUUAUUUGAAUGGCACCGUGCAAAGGUAUUACCAGUUCAAUACAUCUCUCGACGAAGUUCUUACGAACAUAGUUCACGGAGAACACUGUGUCAAAUACCAAGUAGCAGCGGUACCGGGCACCAACGUAUUUCUGGGAGUAGUUAACGUCACCUGCAAUUUAUUACGAGCUUUUUGUCCGUGUAGUAUAAUGGACCGUUCGUGUUUAAACUGUAAACGAAUGGAACAAACUGAAUGCGAAUGUCCGUGUGAAUGUGCCUUGUACUUUUCGAGUUGUGCGGAUUACACCACAUAUAAUGUGGAUAACUUAGAACCCUGUCCAGUACCAUAUGAGCAAGGCGGUAGCUCACAGGUACCUUAUACACAGUCUGCGAACGUAAGACCGUGUCCGUCCAUUGAUUGCAAGUUAUUUAAGACAGAAAACGAGUGCUUAGGAAUCGUGGGCUGUCAGUGGUGCCAUGUAGACAACGAUGGGGAAACACCUUUGCAUGUUCCAUUUUGUAAUGAUAUGCUCAGAUGUUUUAGGGGUGUCCUGGGGUCCUCUGUGCCUCUCAACGAUGGAACGUACAAUUCUCAGUCGACCGAAGAUAUUGCAAUGCGAGAAUGGCCAUCGGUUGGUCCGGUAGCUGGAGGAAUCUUAGCGUUUCUUUUAAUAUUGGGAGUCAUACUGUUUUGUUAUAGACUCCGCUCUGUCCAAUCAGGAUUGGAACAUCAGUGCUUGCACAUUCACACCUCACCAGACAUGCUGCGUAUGACGCAUUUGGAAGGUGACGCGGAACCUAUAGAAUUGGAUCAAGCGAAAAAUAAUUUAGACUCUCUUAUAAGGGACGGUAUAGCUCCCAUAUCGCCAUACAGGGUUUCCACUAAUUAUAGGAAGCCGCCCGGUGGCGACAGUGAUCAUGGAUAUAGUACAAUGACACCUCAUGACGAUUCCGAACAACAAACUUUCGCUGAACCACAAACAACUCAUUUAGGAUCCCCUCAUCACGUUCUAGCACCUGUCACCGUCCAUUGCAAUAUGGAAGCAAAUUAUUGUUAACGUGAGACUGCUAUUAUUUA